CUCCCUCUCUCUCUCUCUACAAAUACACACAUAUAUAGAUAAUAUCGUCGUCUAGCUACUAAAAUUUCUAGUUGUAUACAAUCUUAUUUAUUUCCGUAUAUAUAUUUAUGUUUGUGUGUAUUUGCUAAACGCUAAUGAUAUUUAAAAAUAGGGUGCUAGCCAGCUAGAAAAUUGAUCUGACCUUUAUCCCUUGAGCAAACCAAUCCCUUGCAAGCUCAGCCACUACUCUACAAGUAUUGGAUUCCAAUUGAUCCAAGAAGUUCCUUGAAAUCUUGGCCAAUAAUUCCGACAUGGUAACAACAGAUUCCGAGAUAGAAAUGGAUUCACCGAUGGAAUCAGAUCAGCAGCAACAGCCUAAGAAUCAGCCGUUGGGGCGGCAGUCGUCGAUAUACUCCCUCACGCUCGACGAGUUCCAACACACUCUCUCUGAGAAUGGCAAGAAUUUUGGAUCCAUGAACAUGGAUGAGUUCCUCAACAGCAUAUGGACCGCCGAGGAAAAUCAAGCUCAUGCUCAUGCGCAUGCGCACGGCCAAGGACACGCCAUGAAUGGCGCUGGCGCCAUCCCGGGCCAGCAUUUUCAGCUGCAAGAAAGCAAUGGGGAGGGAAUAGCCAAGCAGCAUAGCUUGCCUAGGCAGGGGUCACUCAGCAUUCCCGAGCCUCUGUGCAGGAAGACGGUAGACGAGGUGUGGUCGGAGAUUCACGGGAGUCAGCAUCACGGGAAUGGCGGCCAAGGCCAUAUUCCGAAUCCCGGGACUACUACUCACAAACAGGCUACUUUUGGAGAGAUGACACUCGAAGACUUCUUGAUACGGGCCGGGGUUGUGAGGGAACAUAAUUUCACGAUGGCGCCACCUCAGCAACAGCAGCCGCCCUUCGGAAUGUACCAGAACACUAACCAUCCCGCGAUGGGGCCGGGAUUCGCCCAAAGGCCGGUGAUGGCUGUUGGAGUUGCUGCUUCCGGGAUCAACUCUGUUUCGGGUUAUCAGCCACUACAGAGUGGUGUGGGAGACACGACCGGCUAUGGAGGCGGGAUGAAAAGGGGCGGUGGAUAUGCGCCACAAGCCCCUCCUCCUCCGGUGGGGAGCUACGGAGGGAGAGUGGGGAACGGAAGCGGAGGGGGGUUCGGGGGGUUGGGAAUGGGGUCACCGGUCAGCCCUUUGUCGGAUGGAAUGGGAGCGAACCAAGUUGAUGGAAUCGAGGGGAUGAGAGGAGGGCGGAAGCGGACGUUAGAUGGGCCGGUGGAGAAGGUCGUGGAGAGGCGGCAACGGAGAAUGAUCAAGAACAGGGAGUCUGCUGCAAGAUCCAGAGCAAGGAAGCAGGCUUACACGGUCGAGCUCGAGGCCGAACUGAACCAACUCAAAGAAGAGAAUCUACACCUCAAGCAAGCUCUGGCUGAGUUAGAGAGAAAGAGAAAACAGCAGUACUAUGAGGAAGAGGCAAGACAAGCACAAAUGCAGUCAAAAUCAUACAAAGCUAAUGAGAAAUUGAGAGCAAUGAGAAGGUGCUUGAGCUGUUCUUAUUGAGGAGGCUAAGGAUAGUUUUUGAGGGCAGCUAUAGAAUUCAUAUAGUCUUAUAGUAUGUUUUUUCAUGAGUCUCCUAAACAUAUUUGGUAGGGCAAUUAGAAGAGGAAAGUUGUUUCUAUAGGGAUAUGUAAUCUUAUCUUAUACCAAAAAUCUGAACCAGGUAUUAUCUCU